CUAAGGGUCACAUUAAAAAUGAAAAAAUGUCUGGAAAUGAAUGUGAAAUAUGGCACGUACACCAGUGUAACAGUGGUUACAACGCGAUGAGCAACGCGGGGCUCCUAAGAAGUUGACGCCAUCGCCACGUAAUUUAGUUCACGGUGGUCCCGGCGCGCGAGGAGGAACUGGGACUGUCGGUACAGGAAGGAGAGUCACGAGAAACGGGAACGUGUGACACGCUGCCGCUGCGCUUCACUCUUCAUCUGCGCGAGACGCGGAGCGCGCGGACGGACGCCGCUCUCUUGGGUCUCUUCGGUUGCUUUCUCUUCGGUCCGAGCUCGUCUUCCUGCUUCCUCUCCCCGCGGCCAUGGCUUUCCUUCAGGGACUCGACUCGCACGUCGUCAUUGUGGGAUGCGGCAUGUCCGGCUUAGGAGCCGCUCUGCGCCUCGUGCAGCACGGCUUCCACAACGUGCGCGUGGUGGAGGCGAGCGACCGAGCCGGGGGACGGAUCAAGACGGCUCUCUGGGGUGGCAAGUUUCUAGAGAUUGGUGCCAACUGGAUCCAUGGUCCAUGCCAGGAGAACCCGGUGUUCCGUCUGGCCUGUAAUUAUGGUCUUUUGGAUGAAAAGUCCACUACAGAGGAGAACCAGUCCAUUGAUGUGGAUGGGCACCCUCCGUUUGUGCCCAACUGGUUCUCCAGUUCUGGACGGAAAGUGUCUGUGGACCUAACGAAACCGGCCGCCAUGGUCUAUAUGAGCCUCUUGCAAGAGAGUCAGGGGUUCUUUGCCCAAGACCACGAACACUUGCCUGCACGAAGUGUGGGAGAGUUCAUAAAGAGCAAGGCUCUGGAAGCCUUGGGUGAAGAGCAGGUGGACAAAGGCACCAAAGAGCUUAGGCUGGCUGUGGUGAACACACUUCUGAAGGCAGAGUGCUGUGUCAGCGGGACUCACACUAUGGAUGAUGUUUGCCUGAAGUCCUUUGGGAUGUACAAGACCCUGCCAGGGUUGGACUGCACCUUUCCUGGUGGUUAUGAAGGCUUAAUCCGCUGCAUGAUUCAGGACCUACCGAAAGACAUAGUGUCCUACAACAAGCCAGUCAAAUGCAUCCAUUGGAACUGCACUGACCAAAAAGCCAAAAACAGUGGAAAGACAUUUCCAGUCCUAGUGGAAUGUGACGAUGGAGAAACGAUCCCAGCAGACCAUGUCAUUUUAACCGUUUCACUAGGUGUCUUGAAGCGGAAGCAAAAGACCCUUCUGAGCCCCGAGAUGCCUCCACAGAAAGUUGAGUCCAUCCAGAAUUUGGGAUUUGGCACCAACAACAAGAUUUUCCUGGAAUUUGAGGAGCCCUUCUGGGAGCCAGAUUGUGAGAUCAUAUUUUUCCUCUGGGAGGAUGAAACUGAGCUCUCAGAUGUUGUAUCUGACUUGGAGAGGUUCUGGAUGAAGAAGCUGUUUGGGUUCACUGUGAUGAGUCCUGCCGAAAGGUAUGGCCAUAUGCUAUGUGGCUGGAUCGCUGGUUGCGAGUCGGAGUACAUGGAGGCAUUGUCACAGAUGGAACUGGAAAGUGCUGUUACGCAACUCAUUCGCAGGUUCACAGGAAAUCCAACAAUUACACCAAAGAGAGUCCUGCGAUCCCAGUGGUACCAUGAUCCAUACACAUAUGGGUCCUAUACAUAUGUUGCCAAGGGAUGUUGUGGCCAAGACAUUGAAAACCUGGCAGAGCCGCUUCCACUGAAAGGAUCACAGUCAAAGCCAUUACAGGUGCUGUUUGGAGGGGAGGCAACAAGCCAGCCAUUCUUUUCCACGGUCCACGGAGCCCUGCUGGCUGGCUGGAGGGAGGCUGAGAGGAUUAUCUCACAUUAUGCCCCUCUUACCUUCCCAGAAACUGGUGGUUCAAAGUUGUAAAUGCAGAAUUUAUGCACUUUGAUAUGAAAUGCAGCAAGAAAAUUUUUGACCUCAGAGACAGUGAUUUCAAAACAAUUCAUGUACUGAGGUGUUCAAUAUGGAGUUUUAACAAAAGAUAAAAAGUUAUGAACGAGGGCAUAAGAGGAACAUGGACAGGGGACAGGAGGAGCAGGGAAGCAGAAAGAUUGUGCCUUCUUUUAAUCGUGGAACUUAUAUUAGAAAAUAUUUCAACGUUUUCACCUCAGCUGGCUGAGAGUGAGAGAUACCAAGUGCAACACUAACCUGUAACCUAUACAAUUCCAUUCUGACUCCAGAAUCACACCCUAUUUUCCGCAUAUUGCAUUUGUGUGUCUGGUGUUAAAAAGCAAUCAGAAAGUUUCAGCAAUGUUUCCCGUUAUGUAUCUGACACAUUACCUGUAAAUACUGUAAAACAUUGCAAAAUCUGUUCACAUAUGUGAACAAACAGGUAAACUUAGUGUCUGAGUUAGCAAUUACUUGUAGUCUCAAGGAUCUAGUUGGUUAUCACUGAGUAACUCAGGUUAGCUGUAUAAAUAACUGAUUUGGGUCAUUUUGCUAGUCUGCCUUCAGAGAUAUUUGUUUUAUCAGAGUCUUAAUAUUGUCUUUAUUACAAUAAAAGAAAGGGCAGAUUGCAAUUUUUUUUUUUUGUUUUUAAAAUCCUCUUCAAUUUUAUUUUCUCAUAUUGUUCUUUGAAAUGACAUAGAUUACAAAAAGCUGACCCCAAAUCUCCCUGGUCCUAAGUGUCCACCUUAUAUUGACUGUACUCCUCUGCCCUUGGUUAUGAGAAGUAAUGAAAAGCUUUAAAAAUCUGUUUGAUCAUCUCUGUCACUCACUUGUAAUUUUUGCACAGUUAUUCAGCCUUACUAAUCAGUGGUACUUAAGUUUUUUGUAGCUCUUCAUACUUUCUAUUUUGUCUCUGGUGAGAUUAUCCUUGAAAAUAACGCCAGUAUUAUCGAUUCUUUAUAUUUUUUAGACUAUUUGGAAUCACUUGAAAUCACUCCAG